AUGGGUCUCGUGGGAAUCGCUUCUGAUGCUUGUACUCUCAACAUUACCAUCAAUUGCUACUGUCAUUUGAACCAGAUGGAGUAUGCCUUGUCUGUCUUGGCCCACUUCUUCAAAUUGGGUCUUGAACCAAAUGUCACAACCUUCAACACUCUUCUCAAUGGUUUUGUUCUCCGAAAUGGUGUGGCUGAUGCUGCUCGACUUUUCAGCAAAAUGGUGGAGGGAGGUCACUGCCAGCCGGAUGUAUUUACUUUCAACACACUAAUCAAGGGCUUUUGCGCGAUCGGAAACAACACUCUGGCUAUUCAGUUACUCGGGAAGAUGGAUGAAAGAGGAUGCCAGCCUAACAUAGUGACCUUUACCACCAUCAUCGACAGUCUGGGCAAAGAUGCACUGGUUGACCAAGCAUUGAACCUCUUCUCAGAAAUGGUUGGUAGAGGUAUUGUUCCGGACGUUAUUACUUACAGCUCAUUGAUUCAAGGAGUCUGCAAUAUUGGGAGGUGGAAAGAAGCUUGGAGAUUGUUGAAUGAAAUGGCGAGUCAAGGUAUCUUUCCAGAUCUUAUCACUUUCAAUAUCCUCGUUGAUGGCCUUUGUAAGGAAGGGAGGGUUGUGCAAGCCAGAAGUGUGGUUCAGAUUAUGAUUCAAAGAGGAAUUGAACCUAACACGAUUACAUACAGUUCCCUUAUGGAUGGUCACUGUUUGCGAGGAGAAAUGGACGAGGCGAAACAAGUUUUUGAUCUAAUGGUUGCCAAGGGCUCCAUGGUUAAUGUUCAUAGCUGUAACAUAUUGAUUAACGGAUAUUGCAAGCAGAAAAAGAUUCACGAGGCAAAAAAUCUUUUCGACGAAAUGCCUCUUAGAGGACUUGUUCCUGAUACCGUUACUUAUAGCACUCUAAUUGAUGGUUUUUAUAAAGCGGGGAGACAACAAGAAGCAGAAAAGUUGUUCUCUGAGAUGCAAGCUUCUGGCCAACUUCCAAGUAAUCGUACUUAUAAUAUUAUACUUGAUGGCCUCUGUAACAACCAACAACUUUCUAAGGCAAUUGAAUUGCUUAGAGAGAUGGAAGCGAACAAGUUGAAACCAGAUAUUGUAGCUUACAAUAUUAUCAUUGAAGCUCUGUUCAAAGCUGGGAAAAUUGAAUCUGCAACAGACGUCUUCUCUGGUUUGUCAUCGAAAGGAGUACUGCCUGAUGUAUGGACAUACAAUAUAAUGAUCAGGGGACUUUGUAAUGGUGGCAUCUUAGUUGAAGCAGAAAAGUUGUUUAGAGAAAUGGAGCAAAAAUGCUGUUAUCCAGAUGGUUGUACCUAUAACACAAUUAUCCGAGGGUUUCUCAAUAACAAUGAGACAUCGAGAGCUGUGGUACUUAUUGAAGAAAUUGGGGACAUUGUUGGUGGUUCUGUUAGUAGUCCACUUGAGAAUGACCUCAAGGAUGAAUGCAUUAUUCAUAUCAGCCAGGGGUUAGAGGAUAUUCCGCGGUUAAGGGAGGUUGAAUUGGACUCCAAUUCAAUAGAAAGAGCUGCAGCCCGAGUGUUGGCACAAGUUGUGAUUCAGAAACUUGAUUUUAAGUUGCUGAAUAUGAAUAAAAAAUUUAUAUCUGAUGAUGGCAUAGCAGUGUCUCGUGUUGCUUGUAAAGAAGAUAAGCGGUCCAGCCUUACGGGUGUGGAGAAAAGUUUGUAUGUGAAAUCUGAAAUGGUAUCCAAGAGAAUAUGGGAGAGAUGGAAAUCAACAAUUCAUGCCAAGCUUGCUCAUGCAGGGAAUGCAAAGGAGCUGGGUUCUUCUGUCAAGGAAGUGCUCAAGCUUAACAAUGAGAUGGUGAUAUCUCCAUCUAACACACAGUCAAAGUCACAGGUAUUCACUACUUUGAAUUUAAAUUUUCAAGAUGUUAGAGAUGCCUUUGAGUGUUUCUUGUCUGGUGUGAUUAAGCUCUUUAAUCCUAGUUCCUUGACGUGCAAAGUUGGAAAAGAAAGUUGGCCUCCUGAUGAUAUGGUUGAGAAAAUGAAUGGGGAUGUGAAUUAUUUGUUGGCUAAAUGGUUGAGUUAUCGAUUGUCAAAAGUGUUGAAUCAGGAAAUUAGACUUUAA